AUGCGUCGCACUAGUCGCUGGCUGCUGCUGCUGCUGCUUCUGAUGGCUGCCGCUCUCCACAGGGGCCCUCAGGUCGUGCGAAUGCUUUCCAGAAGCAAUUCGCCAAAUGAACGGAGGCACCGCAGUGGCCCACUGUACCUGACAACUGCAGAUCUGGGCCAAGAGGCCAAAGCCGCCCUUCUGUCGAUAUGGAGGAGCCUCCGUGAAAAGAUGCUCUCGAAGGAAAGUUGGAUGUUGUAUGCAAGACGUUACCGGUCAAAGCUGCAAGAGGAGAAGGAGAGACAAGAAGCAAGAGUGAAAGUGAUGACUGUUGGAUGUGUUGGUUCAAAGAUACUCAGCUACAAGCGUGACGCGGCGGAAAUAUGCAUCUUUCCAGUCACCCAACGACAAGUUUCUGUUCAGUGCUCGCAAGCUGGCUUCGAGUCGACCUGCUCGUAG